GCGCGUAUGCCCCCAGUCGUCACCGCCAGUUCCAUGACCAAGCAAUCCGCUAUCAAACUGCUCAACAUGGUAGCGAACGGACGCAAAAGACACUCGUCGAUCAAUGAGCAGCAGCUAGUGCCGUUAGAGCCACCCGGAAGUUGCCUCUCGUCACCGCCGCCCGGCACCGCCAACCGCUGCUAUCAAUCGUCGCUCCGCAGCUACAGCAAAUGGUCACCGACAGAGCAGGGCGCGACGCUCGUCUGGCGGGAUCUGUGCGUUUAUGCGACGGCCGGUUCGGCGCACGGUGAGCGGACCGGCAGCUCCGGCACCCAUCGACCCUCGAUCAAACGCAUCAUCAACAACGUUAGCGGUGCCGUAACGCCCGGCACACUGAUCGCGCUGAUGGGUUCGAGCGGUGCCGGCAAGAGUACGCUUAUGUCUGCGCUAGCCUACCGUACACCGCCGGGAACGGUGGUGCAGGGCGACAUACUCGUAAAUGGACAACCGGUGGGCCCGUACAUGUAUCGAUUGAGUGGAUUCGUGCACCAGGAUGAUCUGUUCGUCGGUUCGCUGACCGUGCACGAGCACAUGUACUUUAUGGCCAAGUUGCGGUUAGAUCGGCGCGUCGGCCACCGGGCCAUAGAUCAGACGAUUCGGGAUCUGCUCGAGCGGACGGGGUUGGCACGGAGUGCCGGCACCCGUAUCGGUGAGGCGGGUGACGGGAAGAUGCUGUCCGGCGGCGAGAAGAAACGGCUUGCCUUCGCUACGGAGCUGCUCACCAAACCGACGCUCCUGUUCUGCGACGAGCCAACGACCGGGCUGGAUUCGUACAGUGCGCAAGCACUGGUGUCGACGCUGCAGCAGCUGGCCCGCCGCGGUACUGCCAUCAUCUGCACGAUUCAUCAACCUUCGUCCCAGCUGUUUUCCAUGUUCGACCAGGUGAUGCUGCUGGCGGAGGGCCGUGUUGCGUACGCGGGCCGUCCACAGGAUGCGCUCGCCUUCUUCGCCCAACAUGGACACGCCUGCCCGCCCAACUACAAUCCGGCCGAGUAUCUGAUCGGUGCGCUUGCCACGGCACCCGGGUUUGAGAAGGCAUCGCAGCGUGCCGCCCAUCGGCUGUGUGAUCUGUUCGCGGUGAGUGAAGCGGCCGGGCAGCGCGAUGUGCUAAUCAACCUGGAGGUGCAUAUGGCCGAGAGUGGCGAUUACCGGGUGACGGAGGAACAGCAUCUGACCGGUCGACCGCACUGGCUGCACUCGACGAUGUGGCUUACCUACCGGGCGCUACUGACAGUGGUGCGCGAUCCUACCGUGCAGUAUCUGCGGCUGUUGCAAAAAAUUGCGAUCGCACUGAUGGCCGGGCUGUGCUUUACCGGCGCUAUCGAACCUACCCAGCUCGGAGUACAGGCAACGCAAGGCAUCCUGUUCAUACUCAUCUCGGAAAACACGUUCACCCCGAUGUACGCGGUACUGUCCGUGUUUCCCGAAACGUUUCCCCUGUUUAUGCGUGAAACGAAGAACGGUCUCUACCGUACCUCCCAGUAUUACGUAGCGAAUGUGGUCGCGAUGCUGCCGGGACUCGUACUCGAACCGCUCGUGUUCGUACUGAUCGCGUACUGGCUGGCGGAGCUGCGUCCAACCUUCUACGCUUUUCUCGUCACUGCAGCGGCGGCAACGCUCGUCAUGAACGUCUCAACGGCGUGCGGAUGCUUCUUUUCGGCCGCAUUCAACUCACUACCACUAGCGAUGGCCUACCUGGUCCCGUUUGACUACAUCCUCAUGAUCACGUCCGGUGUAUUUAUCCAUCUCAACACGAUGCCGGCGGCGACCCGCUGGCUGCCGUACAUUUCCUGGAUGAUGUACGCGAACGAGGCCAUGUCCAUCGCCCAAUGGGAAGGUGUCACUAAUCUUACAUGUUCCACCAUUGAUGACAAACUGCCAUGUCUUCGUACCGGGCACGAGGUCCUGGAGCACUACAGCUUCGACGAAAGUCACCUAACACUAAAUCUUUGGGCGAUGGUGUUACUGUACUUUUGCUUUCACGUGUUCGGUUACUUAUUUUUGUGGCGCAAAACCAAGCGUUGA